AUGAACAAUAACUCCGCUGUUAACUUACCUCACGACGAGUACACUCCGUGCAUUUUCGAACAAACGUUUUCGUAUCCCGUUUCGGCCUGCGCAACAGCAAUUACAUCUGUAGCGGUAUUUGGAAACUUGUUGGUCUGUCUCGCAAUACUUGCCAAUAAACAUCUCCGCAAUAAUCCCACGGAUCUCUUCAUUCUGUCCCUCGCUCUCUCGGAUUUUCUUGCAGCAAUCAUAGUGAUGCCGUUUGACAUUGAGUUACUUUUCAGGAUUGAUUUUAUAUGGUAUCAUGGAGAAGCAUUCUGUAUAAUUUGGCAAGUUGUGUACCUUAUUACCAUACCCAUUUCGGUUUUCAGCCUCUUGGCCAUCAGCGUGGAUCGAUACAAGACCCUCAGAGAUCCUUUGGCUCGGUUUAAGACCUCACAAUUCAUGACAAAAAGAGCCUCACUAGUCAUCAUGGUAAUCUGGCUUUACAGCAUUUUAUGGGCACUUUUUGUCUUCAUGGGUUGGAGAGAAAAGGGAGAGCCAGAUGAUAAAGACAACUGCAUGCUGCCCUAUACUAAAGAAUACAACAUUCCCAUCCGGGAACCUACUAAAGAAGAAAAAAGGAUGUAUUUCAAAGCUGCUAAGACGACUGCCACCUUCCUGUUGGCGCUUUUCUUCUGUUGGCAGCCUUACUGUUAUUUCAUCAUCGUCGAAACCAUUCUAGGGAAAGAGUCGUUUCCUUGCAAAGUUUACAUGUCGUUGUUGCGGUUGGGCUACCUUUAUUCAGCGCUUAAUCCCUUUUUGUACGCCUUCAGCAACAGUCGUUUUAAGGCUACGUUUAGAAAUCUGUUUACUUCGCUUAAACCUGCUUUAAAACCAGCCGAGCCUGCUUUAUCUUUGCGCCGGCUUUCCACGUUUUCACAAAGCACUGUCACUUCCGAGAUUCCAGAACUAGAAAACGGUGUCCGACUCCGAUCCGUAUCGUCCUUCGAAAAUUGAAUUCUAGCAUCAUGCGCAAUAAAGAAGCAGUUCCAAUAAGCAAUCAGUGAGGCAAUUUAGAUGCAUAUAGAUAUACAUAUGAAGGGUGA